AUGCGCUCCUGGCCCAACCGAACUGACUGUCUCUCUCCCGUUAACUGCAGCUGGGAGGAUAACUACUGGAACUACUACUUUAACGGGAGCUACCGGGGUCCCGUGCCCCCCGAAAACCUAUUCCCCAUCCCCGUUCUAAUGGGAAUCACCAUCACCUGUGCUCUCCUGUUCCUGGCGGGAGUGACCGGGAAUGUAAUGACUAUACUGGUCGUGUCUAAGUACAGAGACAUGAGAACAACCACUAACCUCUACUUAUGUAGCAUGGCUGUCUCAGACUUGUUGAUAUUCCUCUGUAUGCCCCCUGAUGUGUAUCGGUUAUGGAAGUACAGGCCAUGGAUAUUUGGAGAUACAUUCUGUAAACUGUUUCAGUUCGUUAGUGAGUGCUGUACUUAUUCAACAAUUUUGAAUAUAACCGCUCUGUCSGUGGAGCGGUACCUGGCCAUCUGCUUCCCACUUCGCGCCAAACGCCUGGUCACCAAGCGACGUGUCCGUGCGCUCAUCCUCUUUCUCUGGCUCGUGUCGCUGWUGAGCGCGGGACCUGUCUUCGUUCUGGUGGGAGUGGAGCACGAGACUCGCCCAGCGGCGGGAAACUCUGUGACUGCUGGUGGGGCRGAAGGACAGACAGAGAUAGACACUAGCGAGUGUAAACCCACYCAGUACGCGGUUGAGUCUGGGCUUCUAGCCGCCAUGGCGUUGGUUAGCUCUGUGUUUUUCUUCCUGCCGGUGUUUUGUUUGACUGUGGUGUACAGUUUGAUUGGACGAAGGUUGUGGAAGAGACGGAGAGAGAACAAUAUUGGAGCYAACGUAGCACACAGGGAMAAGAGCAACAGACAGACCGUCAAGAUGUUAGUCGUUGGGUCUUUGCCUUCCGUCCUGUGCUGGCUGCCUUUCCACUUGCAUCGUUACCUUAUGUCCCAUUCCUCCGAGGGCUCCUCUCCUCUCUGGUCUCUCUUCACCCAAUACUGCUCCCUUGUUUCCACUGUCCUCUUCUAUCUCUCGGCUGCCAUCAACCCUGUCCUCUAUAACACCAUGUCUAGGAAGUACCGRUCAGCUGCUGCCCAACUGUUUGGUCUACAGGAGACUCAACCACCCAGAGGGAGAACAGCAAGCACUGUCAAAGGAGAGAGUUCACCUGCCUGGACAGAGUCCACUGUUAGCCUGUGACUGUAUCCAAUUUGCAGGGUGAAUGGGCGCUAGAUAUAUACUUCUCUGAUUUUGAUAUGUAGUUGUUGUGAUCAACCUCUUCUUGUGUGUUUCUCAUCAGUGACCACUGCUUUCCCUGGUUGAUCAAACUCAAACAGGCACCAUUAUGGACCAUCAGGAUUAUUUGGUCUUUAUCCAAGAGAGCACCGGCUUACGCAUAACAUCCAUGGACGUUGAUUAUUGAUUGAAAUUUGAUCAGUCCGCCCUGGCCUUGUGUUGAACAUAUUAAUUAUAUUAGCCUCAAGGACUCUGAACGAGACUGUUGCUUUGAUGUCACAACUCGCCCGGCAAAGACAGACAAAGGCGUUUGAGAAGAUGUUUUAUAAAAUAUUUAUAAGGCGUUUCUGUCACCCAAAAAGAAGCACACCAUUAGCAACACAAACUAUUAAACAGCUCUUGAAACGGACACAUAUGCAUUUUCUACAAAUCACACAUGCAACACACACGCGCACACACACACAAACCAAAAGAGUUAUUACACUUGCCUUAAUAAUUAAUAUGUGAACUGUAUUCUGGAUGACAAAGAAAAGCACUGUAGACCGUGAUGCACUUCUCUGUACCCUGAGAGAGAGGGACUGAAGUGCUGUGUGUGUGUUUGUUUAUGUUGAGUGACUGGGUG